AUGAACAAACUGAAACUUGUCGCAAUCAGAAAAGGUUUCGAGUUUGCUACAAAGAAGUCUAACAAAUCAUUGGUAAGUGUUGCAUGUGUUGAAAAAAGCUGCAAGUGGAGGGUUCGUGUUAUUAAGUAUAUUAGCUCAAAUGCAUUCCGUAUCACAAAAUAUGAGCCUAAUCACUCUUGUGACUUGAGAUCUAUAUCUGGUAGACAUAUGCAUGCUUCUACCAACGUUAUUGCAGAAUUUAUCAAAGAGAGGUUUAGAGAAGGAAAAUGUCCUAUACCGAAGGAAAUAAUGAACAUUGUGAGUAUAGAGUUGGGAUGUGAUGUUAGUUACUGGACAUGCUGGAAGGCCAAGCAACUUGCACAAAAUAUGAUAUGGGGAACACCGGAACACGGAUACGCGGCAUUGGAAGCAUAUCAGUACGAGAUUGAAAAAGCAAAUGAAGAUAGCUUUACGGCUUUGGAUGUUCAAGAUGGCAGAUUUUUAUAUUUUUUUGUUGCCUAUGGGCCAUGCAUAAGAGGAUUUAAGAACAUAAGAAAUGUCCUCGCUAUGGAUGGGACUUUUUUAACGGGCCAAUUUGGUGGUGUAAUGCUAAUUGCAAGUGGACAGGAUAGUGAAAAUCAAAUAUAUCCUAUUGCUUGGGCUGUGGUUAACUCGGAGAAUGAUCUUUCUUGGACUUGGUUUUUUCGUCAAUUACUCAAUGUAGUGCCAAAUACAAAUGAGUUAUCCAUCAUAUCAGACAGAAAUGCGAGCAUAAAGAAAGCGAUUGCUAGAGUUUACGAUCAAGCUCAUCACGGAGUAUGUAUCAGGCACCUUGGGGAAAAUAUUCGUACAAAAUUCCAUGCUGGUUCUUCAAUCCUUGGUCUAUACUAUGACGCAUCAAAUGCGUAUCGAGUCGAAGAGUUCAAUGAGUAUUUAGAAGAAAUUCGACGCAAAGGUUAUGAUAAUGUUAUUGAAUACCUCAAGAAUGAUGUUGGUUUCGAACGGUGGAGUAGAGUUCAUUUUCCAGGAAGAAGGUAUGAUGUCAUGACAUCCAAUAUUGUAGAGUCUGUGAAUGCCAGACUUGUAAUUGAAAGAGAAUUUCCCAUCGUUGCUUUAUUUAAUGCAAUUCAAAGGAUGUUAUGUCGAUGGUUCCAUGAGCGACGUGGUCUAACGUUGUGCACGAGGUAUGGUCAGGACGCAAGAGUUAACAUCAACGGCAAAAUAUGCUCCUGUAAAGUGUGGGAUCUUCAGCAAUUGCCUUGUGCCCAUGCAUUGGCAACGCUCAAAGCUCAGCGAUUACCAGACUAUGGUGAGAGAGUUUACAAUCUAUGUUCACCAUAUUAUUCGGCAGAAUUCCAUUGGUUGGCUUAUUCAGAGAUUAUAAACCCCGUUCCUCCAGAAGAGCAAUGA